AUGAAACGAAGAAGUCAACUUCCAAAGAUGUUUGCAACUAACGACUCGACGUUCCCGGUUGCUAUCUUCAAAGCCUAUCUUUCCCAUCGUCCAGCAGACUUGAAAAAUUCCGGUCCAUUUUACCUGGCAGUCAAUCAUAAACCCAAAACAGACGUCUGGUAUAAAAUGCAGAAAAUUGGCGCUAAGCGCAUUGGCGAAAACAUGAAGCGAAUCGUUCGUGGGACUCCCGUCGAACUCGCCGGAAAGCGUUUAACAAACCACAGCCCUAGAAAAACCGUUGUUAAAGCAGAACGCGUUAAUUGA